UCAGUACGGCGGCGGGUGUCAACCAAGACAGACAACGGCGACUAAAAAUCAAACGGGAUCGAAUCGAGCGCAAAAUCGAGACCAAAGAAAUAUACAUAUAUAUAUAUACAAAAAAAAAAAAAGAAAAAUCAAAAAGAAAACGAAGCAAAACGCGUGGAACUUAACUCAAGUGGAUAGACAGACAACAACGAAAGACAAAAAGCAAAGAUAAGAUUAAGGCGCUUAACUUAAUUAAAUAAAACAACAAAACCAAUUGCGAUCGAUCCUAUCAAUUUAAAAUAGUUAAUAGGUAACAAUAAAUGGUAUUAGCGAACAACCACCUGAGGUGAGGUGAUUUAGGGCUUGUGAAUUCCCCAGCCCCCAGUACACAGGCGGAGGCCCAGACCUAAACCGCAAUUGCAGUGUAUCAUGUUAACAAAGUGACAAAAUAUAAGUAAAACAAAUACAAAAAACUAUAAGUAAAGCAGAGAAUUAACUAAACUUAAAAUGUAUGUGGCCAACACAACUGGCGGCCUAAUGCUGCAGACUAUGCUCUAUUUGGCCAAUCAUACAAGUCGGGCGGCUGUCAAUACGCUGAUCGAUUUACCACCAGCACCCAAAAGUGAUAUCAAUGAAGUGAAAUGCUUUGGCGUCUAUGGUUGUUUUCCCAUCAAUGGACCCUGGAAUACUGUCACACGUUCGAUCAGUGUUCAUCCGCAGAAGCCAUCGGAAAUAGAACCACAUUUUACGCUCUACACACGUCGCCAGUUCGAUCAACACAAGUAUAUUGAUCUAAAUGAUCCGGAUAGUGUACAGAAUUUGGGCAUUAAUGUGGCGGGUAAAAUUUAUCUGCUGGUCCAUGGCUAUCUGGAGUCCGGCGAAAUACCCUGGAUGUGGACCAUGGGCAAGGCAUUGCUCAAUCAUGAGCCAGAGGGCGAAUGUGCAGUCAUUCUGAUUGAUUGGGGCGGCGGUGCGAGUCCUCCGUAUGUCCAGGCAGUGGCCAAUAUACGACUGGUGGGUGCCAUUACGGCUCAUGUUGUCCAUAUGCUGUACGAGGAGUUGCAAUUGCCCAAUCUUGAUAACGUUCACAUUAUUGGACACUCACUGGGCGCCCAUUUAUCUGGCUAUGCGGGCUAUCAUCUGCAAAGUGAUUUCGGUUUGAAAGUAGCACGUAUAACUGGUUUGGAUCCAGCGGCCCCACUUUUCACCGACACCGAUCCCAUCGUUCGUUUGGAUCGUUCGGAUGCCCAUUUUGUUGAUAUCGUGCACACUGAUGCCAAUCCUCUGAUGAAGGGCGGUCUGGGGAUUAAUCAACGCUUGGGGCAUAUCGAUUUCUUUCCCAAUGGCGGUUUUGAUAAUCCCGGCUGUGAUAAGAAACUGCAGGAUGUGAUGAAGAGCAACAAGAAGGGAUCCCUAUUCUCCACCAUGCAAGAGUUCUUGGGCUGCAAUCACAUACGGAGUCAGCAGUACUUUACAGAGAGCAUUGGCAGCAAAUGUCCCUUCAUUGGCAACACCUGCGAGUCAUUUGAUAGCUUUAAGGAAGCUAAGUGUACGAGUUGCGAUGAGCCGGGUCAUCUGUGCAUGCGCAUGGGUUUCCACAGCGUGGAAGACUACAACGAUCAUUUGGAGCGGGGUCUGCUUUCAAAACAGGAUCCGCCACCCAUUUUCUAUCUGAUGACUGGUGAUCAUAAGCCCUUCUGUCGACUGCACUACAAGAUCACAGUUCGUGUGUCCAGUCAUGACGAGAGCACUCUGCAUGGCGGUGAAAUUGGCACACUUUCCAUACGUCUACACGAUGAGAAUGGCAAAAAGUCCACCGAACGCAUGAAAUUCUCACCUAAGGCCAUGUACUUUGAGCCUGGCUAUCAGUAUACGGCUCUAGUGCCUGGCAAGGACUUGCAUGAUCCAGAUCAUGCCACUGUCUUCUGGGAAUAUCAGACGAAUUUACUUAAUCCGCUGACCUGGCGUAUUCUCUCCUCACCACGCAUCUAUCUCGAGUAUAUCCUUAUCGAAUCGAUGGAGUCCAGUGAUAUCUAUUUGAAGUUGUGUCCUCUUAACGAGAGCGCCAUCCUAUCUAAUACGGAGAAGAAUGUUUUGCAUACAAGUUACUGCAAGGAUUAGGCAAAAUCUAUCGCAAAAAGUUGAGCAGAAGCUCUACUUUAGCGGAGACAACAACCAAAAGGAAAAAGUUUUUGGAUUAGCGCCCUCUAGCGCAUAUGUCCAACGAAAAGCAGCGCCACUGUGCUAGUUUAAAUUUAACCGUAUUUUAUGAUAGUAUUUCAAAAUUGAUGCGAGACAAAAUGCAAACGAGAUAAAGGAAGUUAUUUAUUUAUAAUUUAUAAUAAA